UUGUCUGGACUGAGUUAGGCUGCCAAGUGUGUGUGGAGUCCAAAAUAAUUGCAGGAAGGAACUCGGCGUAGCCUAUCUCGAACAAUUUGUGGAUCCACACCAAAAUGUAAUGCGUUCUGCCUAUAGGUCAACGGGAUGAAAACAAUCUCCUAGGUAAGAGUUCAGGUGAUUCGAGGAUUGAUUGAAAUCAAUGAGGAGGGGUAGAGGGGAAUGAAGUGGGAGGUCUCUGGGGAUGAAGAGAGAGAAAGCAGCCAGGUGACUCGGAUCUGGGACAAGCGCUUGUCAUUAAGCACAGAUCCUUGCCAACAGCGGCGAAAGGAGCAGACCGAGUGAGGAGCCAUGAUGGGACACAGGAUGGUGAGGUGUUGGAAUCUUCCAGAGGGCACUUUGGAAGGAGGAGGAUGCAUGAACGGAGGCUCCUCGACUUCCCACCACAUCCCCAAAAAAGCCCUCUGUGUCAGCCUCUCAGCUUCCCUGCUCCUGGUAUUCCUGACCCUGGGCUUAACUGGACACCUCGGGGUGCCUCAACAACACUCGCAGUCUACACAGGCUGUGAGAUUCACCGGCCCAGACCCGUCUGGAGUCCUGCUCCUCAAUCAGUUGGCAGCCGUAGACCAGCAGAACGGCCUGGUGACCUUUUCUGUGACCACAGGGGCGAAUCAAACAUCCACAGUGCUUUUUGACAUCAAACAUGGCUUGAUAUGUUACCGGCCGGUCCACCAGGAGAGCUGCUUCCUGCGGACCAUGGAGACAUCCGACUACGAGAACGUGCACUCUGUACUUCAAGCAUCAGUAAACAAGCAAAGUCAGUUCCAGCUGUCUGCGAACGAGACCCAGAGGCACACAGAGUUCUUGGGGGUCCUGGCUGCUAGUCAGGUAGAUGUCUCCGCCUUGGAGGAGCCUCUGAAGCUUCUGUGUCAGGAUAGGCCCAUCUACUGGACCAAGAGGGCUGAAGGCCCGGGAAAACAGAGGCUGGUCUAUUUCUGCAUAGACAUCUGCUUUCCCAACAACAUCUGUGUUUCUGUGUGCUUUUACUACCUACCAGAGUAACUCAAUCCUUACCAAUCAUCUCAGAAAAGGAGGGGAAACUUUUUUUUUUUUUUUAAAGUACUGUCAACAAGAUUGGGCCAAUGCUGUCAGUACUUUUGUGAGAUAAGAGAUUGGCAAAAUCCCCGUAUACAUGCCUAGACUCCUUCCUGGUGACGUCCACUCCCCACAUGUACCAGCAACCAGUGUAAUGUCAUUGUUGUUCAAUAAAAAAUAAAAAACUGGG